GCCCCGCGCCCCGCGCCCGGACCCUGCCGCUGCGCGCCAUGUUUCACGCAGCCGAGCACGCCCCGGAGUGGGCCGCGGAGGGCCUCCGGGAUGGGAUGAAGAAGGAGCGGCUGCUGGACGAUCGCCACGACAGCGGCCUGGACUCCAUGAAGGACGAGGACUACGAGCAGAUGGUGAAGGAGCUGCGCGAGAUCCGCCUGGAGCCGCAGGAGGCCACGCUGGGCGCCGAGCCCUGGAAGCAGCAGCUCACUGAGGACGGUGACUCCUUCCUGCACUGGCGGGAUCUCUCCAGCAUGUCCCGAGCCUUGGGGGACCCCCUGCCCCUCAGGACAGGGAGCCCCGCCCCUCACACUGGAUGCGUCGGGCCAGUGAACAAAUGA